AUGAAUGAGGUAUUUCAGCCAUAUCUUUGCAAGUUUGUGCUGGUAUUCUUUGAUGACAUCUUGGUUUAUAGUCCAUCCAUGGAAGCACAUUUAGAGCAUCUACAGCUGACAUUAUCCUUGUUUAGGAAGCACUCUCUCUUUGACAAGCUGUCAAAAUGUGCAUUUUCUCAACCACAGUUAGAAUAUCUUGGGUACAUUAUUACUGCUAAUGGUGUAGCUGUUGACCCUGACAAAGUUGCAGCAAUGGUGAAUUGUCCACAACCUCAAACACUAAUGCUGCAACUGAAGCUUAAGAGAGACUCUUUUUCUUGGACUGAUGCUGCAACUGAAGCUUUUUAUUCUAUCAAGCUUUCCAUGAAUAGAACACCAGUGUUGGACCUACCAUAUUUCUCAUAG